AUGGACGACAAUACAGAUGAUGCUGAAGAGGGACCCGUUUUGGCACCGCUGGAAACUGAAUUCAGUACUGAACAAGUCGAAACUUUGCAAGAGGUUAUCAUAGAGGAAUCCACAUCCGCAGUCGAUGAAGAUUCGAAUGACUCCAUAGAGCCUAUACCAUGUGAAACUUGUGGCAAAGCUGGAUCGCUUACAUUUUACAAAAAACUCGAGACUGGAAGUAAACCCGUGGACAUAUACAGACACCUUUGUCAUUCAUGCCACUCCUAUUUUGGAAUGUGCUGCAAAAAAGUACGCGGAUGUUUUUCAUAUGUCACAGAAGGUGAGAACCGUCAUUUCCGUUUUGUUUCAAUCAUUCCGAUAAUUACAGAGGGCCGGACAUUAACAAAGUCUGAAAGAGCAUUUCACUUCGGAGCUGGAAGAAACUCAUCAUCACAGUCUGCUUUAAACAAUAUUGAGACUGACACACAACCGAUUCCUAGCACUUCCAACGGUUCUGAAGAAGUUCUGUUGGAAAAAAAUCCGGAUGAGGGAAUUGACGAGAAAAUGGAUGUAGAUGAUCUUGAGGAAAAUGAAGCAGAAAAAGAAUAUCCAGCUGAAGAUGUUGCUGAAGCAGUAGAAGAAGAUCUCUGUCUUGGGGGAACACUGCAAAAGAAACCAGCUUCUAAAAAGAAACCAAAGAAACAUGCGUUUGUUGGUGGAAAAGCCAAGAAACCCAAUUGGGGUCGAAGGAAAUCUCAAAGGAAAGCUGUUGACGGUCCAUCAACAAGUGUUGAUAUUCCUGCCGUAACCGAAACUAGGAGUGUUGGAAGACCGGCUAAAACACGAACUCAAAAGUCUGUUUCUCCUGUUGAGGAACCGAAAGCAAGAGGACGACCUCUUAAAAAUUCUCAAAAAGUUUCGAAAAAUUCUGCAAAUAUUCCAUCGACCUCUUCACAAUCUCCAUCAGAAAACUCAGCACAGUCACGAGAAUUCUCUUGUCAGACAGAAAAUGAUUUGCUUCUGAGCUCUCUUUUUCUGGAGGACGCCUUCAAUAAAUCAAUCAAAGAAGGUUUUGGAGAACAAAUUUCCUCUCGAUUGAAAGACCAGCCAUUGAUCUUACGGAAACAAUUCAUUUUCAUGCUGAACACAAUACACGAACAAGAGAAACAAAUUUGUCGGUAUAAGGAAGUGGAAGAAAAGUAUUGUGAAGCUGCAAAGAAGUUGAAAGACUUCGGCAGAUCUACUCGAUUAUCAUUUUCUGACGAGUUUCGAUGUGUUCGGGCUGAUCUUCUAGAGCGGAAAGAUGAAUUUAAAACGAAUCAAGCAGAGCUGAUAUCGAUGUUCAUCAAAGAAAGAGCUACGUAUGAGGAAUUCAAAACGCAGAUGCUCCAAAAGUUUGAAGAUCAGAAGCUAGAGAAUUCUGCUUUGGAAGCUAAAAUUCAGUAUUUGGAGCAAGACCUCAUUUAUGAGAAAGAUAAAGCAGAGUUUUACUUGAGGACUCGAGACGAGUAUGAGAAAGAGCGAAGUGCAGCAGUGGCAAGUGCAACUGAAGCUCAGGCACAUUUAGAGGAUAGGCUAUGGCUGGGAGAACACGAGAGAUGUACUGGCUGUCAGACAAUCACAAGACAAGUCAGGAAAAUGGAACACGAACGCGAUGAGGCAAUGAUCAAGAAGAAAAAAGCGGAGGAAGAACGUGAUGAAGCUGUCAAAAAUAGAAAAGAAAUGGAUAAGGUCGCACAAACUUUGGGAGUCGAAUGCGAUAAUGCCAGAUACGAGAGAGACACUUUCAAAGCCAGUAUGGAUAGGCAAAAGAAAGAAAAUCAGAAGUUGACGCAAUCACUUGCAGGUAAUACCUAUUUUCUUCUGAUAUUUGAAAAUCGUAAUUUCAAUUUUACAGAAAAGGAAAAAGAACUUCUACAAAAGAUCAAUGAAGUGAAAGCUGUUACACCGAAAGCCUCGUCUACCCCAAGAAGUGUGGCGUGUACCCCAUCGUAUGCAGAAAGAAUUACUCCUCCUGAAGAUGGCGAAAUAAUUGAUUCACCCCCACAAAGGUCUCCCGUAGUGGUACCAAGUCCAAAAACAACUCCGAAACCCGCCGAAAAACCUCUCAUUCAAAAAAUCGUCGAGAAGAAAGCUCCGGUUAUAGCAACUGGUUUUGCGUCGUGGAUACCAAAAGAUAAGAUUGAUGAACCUGCUCCAGAGAUACCGACUGCUGUUUCUGCAUUUGGAGUUCCACUCGAAGCACAAAAAACGAAAGAACCUGAGCGCCCGAAGUUUGCCCCAUUAUCGCAACCGACACCAUGGGAGAAGGUGUCACUGGACAAAGCAAAUGCAUCCGCACCUUCUAAUUCGCUUUCUGAAACCAUGGCGCGAGUUCGAACAGAGUCAUUUGCUGGAGUAAACUCUUCUCCAGCUUACGUUUCGAAAACGUACACAGACGAGAUGAAUCGAAUGAUGAACUCUAGGAAACGGGCCAGUGAUGUUGCAGAUUCUAACAAAAAUAUUCAACAUGACUCUUCUUCGCCACCGAUUAAGAAGAACAAGCCAGUUGCUCCUUCACAAAACCCAGUCCACACACCAUCUCCGAAGAAACCGAUUCAAUCAACGCCUGCUCCUUCUGCUCCUCCGACCAAAACUUCUGUUCCGAUCAAAACCAAUCCUGGAAUUGCGAGUGUUGGCAGCUUAACGAGCAUUAAAAAGAUUCCAAAGCUCAGUGAGAAACCUCCACAAGCCGAGUUCGCGCCAGCGUUAGGAUUGGCAACGAACAACGAUUCGUCAUCGAUACCUGGUUUGAAUCUGGAUCAACUGGAUGAGAAGACAAGAGAAGAGGAGAAAGCUGAGAUGAUGAAAAUCAAACCGGCAGCUUCUAAACCGACUUCUACAGUGCAACAAUCUACUCCGAAGGUUCCUGCUGUACAGAAUAAUCAGACUCCCAAUGUUACCCAAACUCCGAAUCCAACGAAAAUCCAAUCACCACAGAAAAAGAAGAAGAAUGGAGGCAAUAAAAACACAGGUCGUCCGGAUCCGUUCGCUUUUGCACCUCCUAUGCCGUGGCAACGGAAUAACGAAGAUUCUCCACCAUGGAAUAACCAACCACCCGCACGUCAACAGCAGUAUGGUAUUCAGUCAAAUCAACAACGAUGUUUUCAAAUGGAUUUGGGACUUGAUAGACCAUGGAGUGAUAUGCCCGGACCACCAAGGAGCGGAGAGAGACAAAGCUCAUUCUCUUCCUUGCCAUGGCAUCGCGAUCGAUUCGACUCUGUUCCAAUGCAGGAUACGCCAUUUGGAAAAGUGCCAAUCCAGGAUAAUUUUGCAUCGAGACCAAUGCUUCAUCGGCCUCCUCAACAUCCAUCACAAUCGGCGUUCUACAAUAAUCCCCAUGAUAACAACUUUUUCCGCCCACGAGACUUCUCCCCACCCCAACCACCGCAUCAGUCCAGAAUGUUUUCACCGCCGUCUUUCGGAUAUUCAGGACCUCCUAAUAACGGGCCCCGAUCGUUUUAUAGUAAUUGA